CUGCGGGAUACCAUGGGAAUACAAAAGUGCUCUAGAGCGGUCCGCAACGCUGUAGCCUGCGUGAGGAACUAUUGAUACUAAGUGGCAGUAGGCUGCAGGGGGUGCCACUGACACACUGGGAGAGGGUUCAGCCAACCCCAGGGUGAUAACGAGGUCAGCGGAGCACCAGAAACCGGCUCUAGACUAGCCUCUUGGUGGUCAGUCUCGGCCCAGAGGAAAAUGAAUCGCUUGAGCUUCUGCUUUUACAAAUCUGAGGGGCAGGAAAUGAAAUCCCACUAGCAGUCUGCGUAGUGGAGUUGAGCCCUCGCACCCGCUUCCCAAAGUGUCGCCUGCAACGCGUUCGAGGUGGGUAGGCUCUGGCGCAGCUCCCGCACAAGUCCCCUACCACACGGGUCUCGGACCAGACGCCUAGUAAGCCCGGGUGGCUCCGCCCCGAGGCCCCGCCCCGUGACGGGAGGCCCCGCCCCCGCAGCGCCCGCUUCCAAGAUGGCGACAGCGAUGCCUGCCCGGCUGUUGGGGUGGCGGUGACGACAGGCAGCAAAAGACCAGCUGGUCCCAGAUUCGCUGCUGGAGUGCUGGAUGGAGCCUUUCUCUGCCCUCUGUGACAUUUCCAAUUUUAGAUAAUGCCUCACAUCUCUGUCCCCCCGGGACCCCCUGGAGCCCCCAUGAUCCCUAAGAAGACAGCUUGAACCUACAGCUCACCCCCAGGAUGUUGCGGAGGCUGCUGGAGCGGCCUUGCACACUGGCCCUGCUUGUGGGCUCCCAGCUGGCUGUCAUGAUGUACCUGUCACUGGGGGGCUUCCGAAGUCUCAGUGCCCUAUUUGGCCGAGAUCAGGGGCCGACAUUUGACUAUUCUCACCCUCGUGAUGUCUACAGUAACCUCAGUCACCUGCCUGGGGCCCCAGGGGGUCCUCCAGCUCCUCAAGGUCUGCCCUACUGUCCAGAACGAUCUCCUCUCUUAGUGGGUCCUGUGUCGGUGUCCUUUAGCCCAGUGCCAUCACUGGCAGAGAUUGUGGAGCGGAAUCCCCGGGUAGAACCAGGGGGCCGGUACCGCCCUGCAGGUUGUGAGCCCCGCUCCCGAACAGCCAUCAUUGUGCCUCAUCGUGCCCGGGAGCACCACCUGCGCCUGUUGCUCUACCACCUGCACCCCUUCUUGCAGCGCCAGCAGCUUGCUUAUGGCAUCUAUGUCAUCCACCAGGCUGGAAAUGGAACAUUUAACAGGGCAAAACUGCUCAAUGUUGGGGUGCGAGAGGCCCUGCGUGAUGAAGAGUGGGACUGCCUGUUCUUGCAUGAUGUGGACCUCUUGCCAGAAAAUGACCACAAUCUGUAUGUGUGUGACCCCCGGGGACCCCGCCAUGUUGCUGUUGCUAUGAACAAGUUUGGAUACAGCCUCCCAUACCCCCAGUACUUCGGAGGAGUCUCGGCGCUUACUCCUGACCAGUACCUGAAGAUGAAUGGCUUUCCCAAUGAAUACUGGGGCUGGGGUGGCGAGGAUGAUGACAUUGCUACCAGGGUGCGCCUGGCUGGGAUGAAGAUCUCUCGGCCCCCCACAUCUGUGGGACACUAUAAGAUGGUGAAGCACCGAGGAGAUAAGGGCAACGAGGAAAAUCCCCACAGAUUUGACCUCCUGGUCCGUACCCAGAAUUCCUGGACGCAAGAUGGGAUGAACUCACUGACAUACCAAUUGCUGGCUCGAGAGCUGGGGCCUCUUUAUACCAACAUCACAGCAGACAUUGGGACUGACCCGCGGGGUCCUCGGGCUCCUUCUGGGCCCCGUUACCCACCUGGUUCCUCCCAAGCCUUCCGUCAAGAGAUGCUGCAACGCCGGCCCCCAUCCAGGCCUGGGCCUCCACCUACUGCCAACCACACAGCCCUCCGAGGUUCACACUGACUCCUUCCUGCCUACUUUAAUCAUGAAACCGAAUUCAUGGGGUUGUAUUCUCCCCACCCUUAGCUCCUCACUGUUCUCAGAGGGAUGCGGGGGAACUGAACUCUGGUGCCGUGCUAGGGGGUAGGGGCCUCUCUUCACUGCUGGACUGGAGCUGGGCUCCCGUAGACCUGAGGGGUCCCUCUCUCUAGGGUCUCCUGUAGGGCUUAUGACUGUGAAUCCUUGAUGUCAUGAUUUUAUGUGACGAUUCCUGGGAGUCCCUGCCGCUAGGGUAGGAGCAGGGCUGGACCCCAAGCCCCUUCCUCUUCCAUAGAGAGAAGAGUGAUCUGGCUUCUCCUGGGACCUCUGUGAAUAUUUAUUCUAUUUAUGGUUCCCGGGAAGUUGUUUGGUGAAGGAAGCCCCUCCCUAGGCAUUUUCUGCCCAUGCUGGAAUAGCUCCCCCUUCUGGUCCUGGCUCAGGGGGCUGGGAUUUUGAUAUAUUUUCUAAUAAAGGACUUUGUCUUGCA